AUGGGAAGAACCUUUGGAAAUAAGAAUUUGACUGAUAACGACAAAAGAGCCAUCGUUGUGGGUCGUCAAAAUGGACUGACCAUGAUGACGUUGGCAGGAAUGUUCGGCGUGACAGAGGCGUGCAUUUCUCAGUUCCUGAAGCGUUGGAAAGCUCGAGAUGCCACUAUUAAGAGCCAACGCACUGAAAGACCACGUGUCAUUGAUCGUAAUGACGAUAGGAACAUUUUGAAGACGUCUAGAACCCAUCCAAGACUCACCGCCCCUGCGAUCAGACGGGAAGUUUUCUCGAAUUCGCCAUCUCCGCCAUCCGUCUCGACCGUGAAACGACGUCUGAAUGCUGCUGGAAUCAUGGGAAGACGUGCAGUGAAAAAACCGCUGAUUUAUGAAAAGAAUCGAGUCGCCAGGGUGAAUGGCGAAUUCGAGAAAACUUCCCGUCUGAUCGCAGGGGCGGUGAGUCUUGGAUUGGUUCUAGGCGUCUUCAAAAUGUUUCUAUCGCCAUUACGAUCAAUGGCACGUGGUCUUUCAGUGCGUUGGCUCUUAAUAGUGCCAUCUUGAGCUUUCCAACGCUUCAGGAACUGAGAAAUGCACGCCUCUGUCACGCCGAACAUUCCUGCCAACCUCAUCAUGGUCAGUCCAUUUUGACGACCCACAACGAUGGCUCUUUUGUCGUUAUCAGUCAAAUUCUUUUUUCCAGAGGUUCUUCUUAUGUCUGA